UCUUUAUUACAAAGAACCACACCAAAGAUGGCCAGCAUGGCAGUCCAGUUGUUAGGCUUUUUCUUUGGUCUUUUUGGUCUUUUUGGGACUUUGGUGGCUACUGUUCUUCCCCACUGGCGAAGGACGGCAUAUGUAGGCUCCAACAUUAUCACGGCAACGGCUUAUAUGAAGGGGCUGUGGAUGGAGUGUGCUUGGCACAGCACAGGCAUCUACCAGUGUGAGAUCCAUCGCUCCCAGCUGGCCCUGCCCAGGGACCUGCAGGCUGCCCGGGCUCUGAUGGUCCUCUCCUGUGUGCUUUCCACUCUCGCUGCCAUUCUCUCAGCAGUGGGGAUGAAGUGCACACGCUGUGUCCGCGGAUCCUCUGCCAAGAACCCCCUGGCAGUAAGUGGAGGUGCCAGCUUCGUGAUCGCUGGCAUCCUUGGCUUGGUCCCCAUCUCAUGGUCCACCAAUGAUGUCAUCCAGGACUUCUACAAUCCCUUGUUGCCCAACGGCAUGAAGUAUGAGAUCGGGCAGGCCAUUUAUGUGGGCUUUGUCUCUGCUGGCCUCACCAUCCUUGGGGGAGCACUUCUUUGCCUGUCCUGUGGGGAGGUCCAGAACCACUUCCCUUACCGGGCUCAAAUCCCCCGUGGCACAUACAGGGCUGCACCAGCUUACCGUCCCCCUGCCGCCUACAAAGGAAACCACAACCCCUCCAGCUCCUCUGCCUCCAGCAGCGGGUAUAGACUCAACGACUACGUGUGAGUGGCGCAGAGACUCUGCUAGAGACUGCAGGCACAA